AUAUACUAAAAAAAUAAACUCCAAAAACUCAAAUUUUCCAAGCAAGCACAGACACUUGCAUUCACCUCAAUCAUAUAAUUUCACAUGAAAAACAAUUUGUGUAAUGUCUACAAAACUUGUGGCAAUUGACAAUUUUCACAACCAUCCAUCAAAGUCUUUAUAAAAGUCACCCACACUUUGUGGUAACACUUUAGUUGUUUUUCCUAUCGGAAUUCGCGUGGAUGUCUCGAAGAUAACUAAAAAAAUUCAAAAUUUAAAUAAAAACCAGAAAAAAAACAAAUUGAGUUAUAAAUAUGAGCGAUUUUAGAAUAAAUUUCGGUUUAGUGCUAUUGAUUCUGUUAAAGAUUUUAGUGACUCAAGCCAAGGAUAUCAAACAUGAUUUUACCACCUCAGCUACACCCACCACUACUCUACAACGCACUUUAGUGGGUGAUAGUGGAAAUACGGAUACCAAUAAAGAAGGAUUAGCAAAGCGGGAAACUAAAGCUGCAGAUCAAACCAUUUCAAAUACAGUGGCGUCGAAAAGUUAUGAUCCACCCCCAGAAUUUUACAGGGGUCCCGGUUCAACAGGUGCGCUGCAACCUGGAGCGACACCAUACUACAAUGGCAACAAUAAACUCUCGGGUGGUUUCAUCUCAAAACCCAUAGCAUUUCCAGGCACAGACAUCAACAACAACCAUGGCCCCCCAGAUAAUGGAGUGCAACUGGCAAACAGCUACAACGCUUGGCAAAAUCAACGAAACAAAACAGCAUUUUUUGGAUCAUUGCUCAACAAGACCGGACUACAGGAUCGAAUAAGCGUGGGACACUAUGGCAAUCCAUUGCAUGACAGUCGGCCUUACAGUGGAACACAGCAUCACUCCGGUGUUGAGUACAUUCCCUCGGGCGGCUCCCAUCACUACUCCUCGUCGCAUAGUGGAGGUGGUUAUGCAUACGAAGGACGACCAUACACCGUCACACAUCCCCACGUGGAAUAUGGCCAUCCGUCUCAUACGGCCGGUACUUAUUAUGCUGCUGGAGGUGGAGGCGAAGGAAUUCCAUUCGAUGUCUAUGGAACUACAGGAGGAAGCAAAGGCCAUUAUGGCAGCUCUGGUGGAGACUAUGCAUACCCCUACUCGGACAUGAUGCAUGAGACAGCUGCGCACAAAACCUUCCCGGAUUUGUCUCAUAAAGCCCUGCUGGCCAAGAGCUUUCUCAUACCGCUAGCCAGUGCCGCUGUUUUGGGUAUUGCUGCGGCUCUGGUCAGUAAUCCCUUGCUCUUACAAUUGGGCACAGUGUCGGGUGUUGCUGCCCCAGGUUCGGUUUUAGGCAAACGCAAGCGAAGGUCCAUAUCCUCAACCACCCCAAAGGAAAAGCCGGCAAAUGCCCCAUCCGUUGCUGCCAGCAUGGAUACACAUCCUUAUCGCGGCCAUCAUCGACGUUUUGUUGUGCGUACAUAAGACACACGUGUUGUUGCAUAUCUCAAUCUUUGCUGGCGGUGAAUUGAAUGGGGAAAAAACCAAAUCUCCAUUCUGUCCACCACAGCUCAUCAUCACAUUUCUUGCGCUAAUUCCAUUUACUUUGUCCUUUUUGAGGGUGCUGCCCCAGACCGGGCAAAUGUUCGAUGCUUGCUAUCCAUUGGAGACUCGAGGAAAGGACACCAGUGAAUUGUCCUUGUUUUAUUAUUUGUAAAACUGAUAAUAAAUAAAUAAAUCCAUGUUGAACAUGAAA